CCCGGUGAGUGCGAGCGGGCUCCGGCCUCGGUGGGGCUGUGCGGGUCUCAGCCAGGAGCGGGCUGGGGAUCGGAGUGAGGCGUACCUGGAAGCAAUUGUGACCCCAGUAAGUUGUGAUCCAUGGCUACGGUGUUAAUACGCCGAAGAUUUCCAAGGCUGAGCAGGGUGACUACAUUUUUGACUACUGCCAAAUUCAAGGCCGAGAGCGGAAGCAACGAAAGUAAGCAGGAGGAAGAGAACCCAGAAACAUCCAACAGCAGACCCGAAUCCACAGCCACGAUCCAGUUGCUGGAUCCUUUGGACUACAGAGUGUUGUAUAAUCCCUCUGCCUAUGCCAAGAGCAGAGCAGCCUCCCAGCAGAAUGCUGCUAGGAGCUGCAGCCAGGCUCUCACUGAUGAUUCCACCAGCACUGGCACCUCCCAGGUUCAGCAUACAUUCACUGCCACCUCUGCUCAAGCUUUGCCACCUGUCAGAAAUGCCCUGCCAAAGCCCAAACCGCACCUCAUACAGCCCAUACCAGCACAACUCUCUGCAGCACAGACCAUGAAGAAGGAGAUAGAAAUGGAAAAAGCAGAGAUGCACGACUCCAAGGAGGACCCUCGUGUGUUCCAGCAAGGGAGGCCUGAGUACAAAUCUCUCAGCUAUGAUAAAUUUGAGCCAAUAGAGACCCUCUCUUUGGAAGAAGGUGACUUGAUAUUGCACAGCAUACCCAUAUCCAAGGGCAGCCACAGCCCAGGAACUGUCACAGAUUAUUUUUGCAAGCUGAGUUGUUUGCCAGUGGAACGACACGCAGGGUUGAUGGUUGACCCCAGGUUUAAUACACUGUGUUGCUGUGCUAUUGAGAACAUCCAGUCGUUCAGCACUUCAGAACUCACUGAUAUCUUAAAGGCCUGCGUUCGUUUGGUUGUUCCACCCACCCACCCUGUGCUGAACGCCUGCGAGAGUGAAUUCUGCCGGCGCGUGUGGGACAUGAACCUGGACCAGCUGCUGCUGGUGGCAGAUUGCUGGCGCUGCCUGGGGCGCAGCGUGCCUUCCUACCUGAGCAUUUUGUUCAGCUAUGCCAACAUGCAUUGGACAGAGCUCACUUUGCCCCAGUUUGUUCAGCUUGUUUAUAUCAUCGGCGAAGGCCGCAAGUCACCCGCGGACUUGAUGCAGAAGCUGGAAAGUGUGAUUUUGAAGUACUUGGAUUCCUGCACCUUGGAGGAGGUGGGUGCUAUUUGCUUAGGGCUCUUCAAAUCCGUCAGUGGUAUCUCUGACCACGUCAUGAGAAAGAUUGCAGACAGAGUCUCCCUGGAGAUGGAAGAUAUGGGCACUUACGCUUUAGUGAACGUGCUUAAAAUGCUCCGCUACACUCGCAUGGAUCACCUGCCCCUGCUGAGGAAACUUGGGAAGGUUGUCCCUGCUCGAAUUCCUACAACAAACAUCCAGGGUAUCAUGCACAUCACUCUUAGCUGUUCAUCCCUGCACUACUACGAUGAAGGCAUUUUGGCUGCUGUCGCCGCGUCUUUGCCUUCCAAAGUGUCUUACUGCCGCAGCAAGGAUGCUGCCAAGUUCUUAUGGUCGUUUGGAUGCCUGGACUACGAACCUCCAAAUGAAGAAGAGUUUUACUCCAGCCUGAUAGAGCAGAUGCUUAGAAAACGCCAUGAAUUUGAGAAGUUUCCAGAGCAUCUCCUUACUGGUUUGCUUGGCCUGGCAUUCGUCAAACGCUUCCCGGAGGAGCUGAUAGAUUAUGCUUUGAGGGAUGAGUUUGUCCAUAAGGUGAGAGGAAGUAAAUAUGAACUCAGAAAGGACCUGUUCACUCUUGGGAAGAGUGUUGAAAUUGAGUGCCCAGGCUACCGAGGCAGCCGUCUUUCACCUCACCUUUAUGAAGAGAUGACUGAGAUCGUUCUGAAUUUUGCAGAGCAGGAAAUCUUUGUCAGGCCUGAAAUCGUGGAAGCCGUGUCUCUUCUCAAGAGCAUGUUAGGUGGUCCUGAGUAUGUGAAAAACCACAUGAUUUUGCCUCACACCAGAUCGAGCGACUUGGAGGUUCAUCUGGCCAUGGAUGGGCAUCCCAUCCCUUUCAACUCAAGCGACGCCGUUGCAGAUAAGAAGCUCAAAGACAUAGGAGUUAGUCUAACAGAUGACCUAAUGGCUCAGCUUAUCAAAGGGAAAUCUAACAGCCAGUCCUCUGCAGAGGUGGAAACCGAAGCCGCGGCUCCUAGACAGGAGUGGAACAAAGCACCAACGCCACGUGCAUCAUUUGUGGGUGGACCCGUUACCACAGGCACCAGAUUGCAAGUCGCUGCUCCAUCAGGGAGCUGCCCUGGGGCCUCCCCUUCUCUUGUGCCCCUCCAGCAGCCCCAGGGGAUAAGGCUGGCCAUCCAGGUGUCCAACCGUAACCACUACUGCUACUUGUCCAAGCGGCUCUUGGGGCUGCACUGCCUGAAGAGGCGGCAGCUGAAGCAGCUGGGCUACGUGGUGGUGGAGCUUCCCUUCUGGGAAUGGUUCCCCCUGCUCAAACGCACACGCUUGGAGAAACUGAGCUACCUCCAUUACAAGGUGUUCAACCCAGUGCUGCUCAGCAAGGCUGGCUGACAGCCCGGGGUGUGCUUGCUUGGGGGGCUGCUGCAGCCUCCCACGUGCUGGUUAGAAAUGAUCUUUGGAGUGCUGGUGAAGCUGCUGUAGGUGCUUUAUGUGCUGGAUCUGCCUUGUCUUAGAUAAUUCUGCUCUGUUCAUGACCACGUGUCCCGUGCUCCUUGUUGUUACAUCGAUCUGCAAAUGCUGCCGUGACAAAUAAAACCUACCUUCAUAUUAA